GUCCGCCCGCCCGGGCUGCAGUCAGUGUUGGCGGCGCAGCCACGGAGCGGAGCUGCGGGAGCUGAAGUCCUCCGCGGCUGUCGUGUUCUGGCCGAACCGCAUCACAGCCGACGCUCUUUCAGUGUAGCGGAGGGAGGGAAAAAAACGUCCAACGCUCCUGAAGCAGACGGAACCCACCAGAAACUAGCAGGCGAAUGCUGGUUUGUUUGGGACCACCGCAGAUCUCUGCCAAGGCCAAGACCGGACACAUCAUCCAAGGUGUCAAGCUGGUACCUGUCCGAUGCCUUCUCCCCCCACAGUGUGAUGUGCCAUGGCUCCGGCGCUGAGCGGCGUGUGGUGGGGCCCGGAGGCGGGUGUCGUGGGCUCGCGGGCGGCAGCUGACGCCGGCGCGGCUGUAGUGCCGGCGAACGAACAUCUGCUCCUGGUUGUCGCCCUCAGCGUCCUCACCGCGGUGCUGCUGGGCUCUCUGCUGCUGCUUCUCUGUGCGAGCUGCCAGGGGCAGAAAACAGCAGCAAAUACCCACGUAUUAGGGGACCACGAGAACCUCAUGAAUGGACUGUCGGAGAGAGAGACGGCCAGCCAAUCAGCAGACAGCCCUCAGACUGACGGGGCAGUCAGCACCUCGCACAACGGUCCUCUCACCAGCGGUACAAUUCUCACAGAGACACAGGACACAAGUCCCCAGUUGUCUGAAGAGAUGCUCUCCAGCCAAUCAGAGCUCAGGUCCUCCAAGUGUCAUCAGGAUCGAGAGCUUCCCAGCAUCCCUCCCAGUAAUGCCCUGAUAGGGGAGCAACCCCCAGCAUCAGGGGACAGCCCCUACGAGGUGGUAAAGGAGAUGGUAGUGGGCUUACGCGACGUCACCACCGAGGACUCACUAUAUGAGACUGUCAAAGAACUGAAAGACCCGCAUGUGCAGCCAUGCCCUCCUAAUGGUACCGUCAUUCAGCCGAGCCCCAAAGAACCCCCCACUCAUCCCGCUCCUAUUCUCAACGGCCAUGUCAGCCCCGGCACGCCUGAGCGAGGGCCGCUGUGUGACGGGGUGGAGUACGCCUCCGUGGACCUGAAAAAGAAGAGCCGCCAGAGCGCUGACAUGGAGGCCAAGAGGCGCUCCGAUCAUGCCGGCACUCCAUCCCAUACAGCUCUGGAAGCUCCGGAGGAGUUGCCGCCACCAGUACCAGAGAAGGUUCUGGACGAAAAUGACAACCAGCCAGCGGUUACAAAUGGGCUGGGAGGUGCCGGGCUGCAAAAUGGGGAGUUACACUCCCCCCUGUCUCCAGGCUGCAACAACCACAUUCUGUCAGACAAUGAGUCAACUCUGUUCUCUACGGUCUACAAAACGAACUGUGACAGUACUGUUAGUGAGGAAGACAAGGAGCACGACUACAGCAGCAUUGCGGAGAUCAAGGGCAUGGUCACGGCCUCCUCCUCCAGUGACCUCUACGCCACUGUCCAGGACUUCGACACGCCGCCUGACGAAACCCAGCCGCAGCAUGACCCUGCUCUGGAGAGCACGGAUCCCGGCUACGAAACCAUCCGCAUGCCAAAGUCUGCUAGCUCGGAUGACGACCACAAGGCCAGCGCGGAGGCAGAAAGAGAUGCCGCCAGGCAAGAACCUGACUACGAGAGUGUGGCAGAGCUGGGACUCUUUCCGGAGAUGUCCCGCCUUUGAGUCUGCUGUGAAACGAGCCGUUGCCUCAGGACACAAAAACACACAAAAUCUGCUUUUUGCAGCUUCGAAUAUCGAGGAGUGAAGUCCUCGCUGCAGCUUGGGUACAGUUAAUCACAUCCUAACCUCUUUCAUUUAUCGCUCUGGGUAAAAACCUGCGGUACUAGUUGGCCUUAACGUCAUUAUGGACUGAAAAGAAAUCAAAUCACAACACUUUAAACUUGACUAAACAAAAGAGACCAAGAUUUCAGUGCCAUAGAUUCAAGCACUUAUUUUGUAUGUGAAGGUUAAAUAAUCUAUUCUCUCUGCAGCUUAGCCUCCUCAUUGCCAUCCAUUAUGUUUUAUAAAGAUUUCACAAGGUUCCCUUUUACUUUUCUUCAAGUUCCUGGAACUUCCCUAGCAUUUUCCUGGGAUUUCAAAAACGAAACAACCAAAAAAAAAAGAUCAAACCUGAUCCACAGCUGAACACAGGCAGAAAUUUCUUCCCUACUGUCACAUCCAUGUCUGACCGUGAAAGGAUAAACGCCUGCAGAGAUAAAAGCAAACAAAAUAUGCACAGAAUUUUUAACAAGGUUUCAAAAAAAGAUUUGAAUCAUUUUUAGUACUUUAGAAAUUCAUUUUGACCCUUGUGAUUCAUAUUUAUUGAAAAUUGUUUUAGUGCUAUGUAAUUGUAUAAACAAAAUAUGUAUGUGAGAGAAGUUAGGAUAAGUUUUAUAGGAGUUUCAAAUGUUUGAAAAUAGGAUGCAAACUGAAAGGGAGUUGUGAGGUUACUGACUGUUGGGUACGUGUAACUAUUUAAGAAGACAAAAGGAAAAGCUGAGAUUUUUUUAUGGUUUGCACACAAGCUGCAGUACUUUAGUAAAGUUACUUAUUUGGUUACUGUUCUAGUCUCAUUCUUGGUACAAAAACUCUUCACUGGCUUUAAAGCACAAAUUUAUGGUACUGGAUGCUUAAUGAAAUCCACAAUCCAGUUACAUUCCUGCUCAAUUUGAACAUAUUAAAACUAUACCCAUCUUUUUGUAGCUUGUACUGAUGAAGUGCCAGUUUGGGCUUGUAUAUAGUGAAAAGCACUAUUUUAACCAAUUGUUUCUCGCUGGAUAUUUGAUGUUAACCUUAUAUUGUUCUGUGUCCAAAAUGGUGUCAUUUAAAUAUAAAUGUAUGAAGUGCACUGAUGUAUGUCAAAUCCGUCUGUAGGAAAUCUUUUUUACAUUUUUUUUUUCAUCCAUUGUGACUCUUCUAGCUACCAAAUCCAGUAUUGGACAUGGUACAACUCUUAUGGUACAACAAUUCUAAAAGAAAAAAAAAGUGUGGUACUAAAAGUUAUACUGAUGCUUAAAUAAUGUUUAUCUGUGUUUAGUAUGAAGUUAACAGCCUGUGAACCUUGCUGUAAAUGCUUUGCUGCCAUAAUGACAUAUUUCCAGCCACCUUAAAAUGCUGCAUUUUUUAUUUUAUUUUUUUCUGUAUCUUAGUUUUUCAUUUGACGUGCUGGAUCUUGGAUGCUGGCUAAGCCCAGCCUGACCACCACUGGAUUCAAAAAUGCUUUAAAAACAAACAAGCAUUUCCCUAUGUUGGUGGAAAAUUUAAAAACCAAUCCACUCCUGAAUGAAGAGAAGAAUCCCUUAAAAAUGCAUCUUAUUGUUCUCAUAAACUGACACAGCUAUUUGGACAUCAGAUAUAUGCUUGAUCAGAAAAAUAUCAUAAAGGACCUCCAAGGAAAUGGGAAAGGAGAUGCUUUAGUGCCAAAUCUAAUCACCACACACCGACCUUUGUUAAGAGACACUUACCUAAAACCACUUAAGCUCUCUAGCUGUGUGUGUUGAUCAUUUAAACCCAUGCACUCCUCUUAAGGAGGGGGUGGGGGGAGGCUCUGAUUGAAGGGUUCAGAAGCCCCCCUGAGCUGCUUCUCCCUUAGCUCUACUUCUCCCCUAAUGAGACUGUUUGUCCCACCAACGACCAGACAAUACCAUGCUGACACCGGCCUUUGAUCAAAGGGCAAAGCCUGUUUUGGCGGUUAUGAGCACAUCUGUCACUCCACUGUGUCCAGUUUCCAUCCUGUGCAUGUAAAUAUUUUAUGACGUGAUUCGUUUGACUCAAAUCUAAAUAAAAGAAAGUGUCUCAUGUUG